ACGAGAGGCUGCGGGAAGGCCUCCUCUUCCUCUCCGGCAGCCUGCUGCUGUUGCUCGUCGGCCGUCUCCUCUUCAUGGGCCUCGACCCGCCCGAGUUCGCACCCAGCGACAACCCCGCGAGCGCGUCCGACUCUCUCCUCACGCGCACACUCACCUUCCUCUAUCUACCAGCUCUCAACGCCUGGCUGCUGCUCAACCCGGCCACGCUCAGCUUCGACUGGUCGAUGGACGCCGUCCCGCUGGUGGCGACCCCUGCCGACGCGCGCGUCGCCCUCACGGCGCUGUUUUACGCGUAUCUUGCUGCGGCGGCUGUGUACGUGGCGCGCAAUUACGCUCGCGAGGGGGCGCCGCCGGCGGCGGGGCGCGCGAGGGGCGGUCGGAGUCCGGACGGGCACCGUAAGGGAGUCGGGAACGGAGUCGCCGCGCACGCCAACGGGGGCGGCGCUGUCGCGAACGGUGGGACGACCAGCAACGGUGCUGCCACCACCGCCGCCGAGAAACAGAAGAGCAUUGCUGCCGGAGGAGGACUGGUGCGGAGACUCGCGCGGAGGUUUGCACGCCACGCGGCCGCGGAGCCGCUGCCACCGCCGCUGGCCGUCGGUCACUCGUGCGGACGCUCGGACCGCCGGCCGGACGACGACCGCCAGGCGGCGCCACGGCCGCGGGCGGACAGCGUCGACGUCGUCGUCGUGGCGAUGUCGCUCAUCAUCUUCCCGUUCCUGCUCGCGACGAACCUGUUCUUCUACGUCGGCUUUGUGAUCGCCGAGCGCGUGCUCUACAUUCCCAGCAUGGGCUUCUGUCUGCUCGUCGCUCACGGUAAGCGCCCCCUACCGAUGCGGCUCGGUAGAUGGCAGCACUGGCUGCGCUCUGCACUGCUCGCGGCGCUGAUCGGCUGCUACAGCGUGCGCACGUACACGCGCAACGAGGACUGGCGGACGGAGGAGGCACUCUACAGGUCGGGCCUGAGCGUGAACCCGGCCAAAUUUAUGAGUAAAUUCUGUGAACUGGUUUAUUCGACCGUCUUAGAGAGUCACGAUGAUAUAUUAUGGGGCCGUAUAGCAUUCGUCAUUGUCUUUCGCAAGCAGCAAUUUCGCGGCAGUUUGGUAUCGGGGGGCAUACUGCUGCAGGAGCAGAAGCGAUACGUGGAGGCAAUCAGCAGUUACAAGACUGCCAUCCAGUGCCGACCCCGGCUCGCUGGUGAGGAGGCGCCCCCUAGGGGUGACAAUCGCAUGCAUUAUAGCGGCUAUAAAUUACAGCGCUCUGACGUGGAUGAGGCGGCGAGCGCACACAUGAAUCUCGGCGCCAUCUUGCACAUGAACGGCAAGCUGACCGACGCCGAAAAGGCCUACCAGGAGGCGCUGGCGCUCAACCCACGUGACCACAUCACUCAGGACAAUCUGCGCAAGCUGCGCAACCUCAUGCAACAACUAGGCCUACUGGGAUGCAAGAUGGCGCCCAAGAAGAUCUAUGCUCCAGCACAUCGCUCACCACCGCCCCUCGAGGCAAUCGACGUCUACCACCUGGCCGUGGAGCGAAUCACCGGACAGUACCCACCGCAGAGUCUCUACAACAUGCUAGGGGAGGCAUACUUCAGACAAGAUAAAGUGGAUAAUGCGGAGAUGUGGUACAGGAAAGCUCUUCAGACGAAGCCCGAUCACAUCCCUGCGCACUUGACUCUAGCAAAGCUAUUGUACAAAACUGAUCGUUCUCGCGAAGCGGAGGCAUUGUUCCGUGGUGCGUUGAGACUGGCACCGGACGACUCGUCGGUCUACCAGCACUACGGGCAGUACCUCGCAGAGGCGGGCCAGGUUCGCGACGCGGCCGACAUGUUUGUGCUCGCCGCCACGCUCGCUCCCGCAGAGUUCGAGGUCAUGUUCAACGCCGCCAACACGCUCAGGGGGCUCCACCUAGAGGGUGUGCGGUCUGCUGAGGGCGCUGUGGCACUAGAGGUGGCUCUGCUGAGGGACAGUGUCGGACUAGAACGCGCAAGCGAGAUUAGCUCGGCCGCCCGAACUGAAAACCGGACGAGGAAUGCAAGUGACAGCUGCGAGGAAGUCGCAAGUGGCGCGAGCGCACACAUGAGAUCCUCCGGCGCCAUCUUGCACAUUAACGGUCCAACGAGCCGACAGGCCGAAAAGGCCUACCAGGAGGCGCUGGCGAUCCCACCCACGGGACCACAUACUUCACGUGAGCAAUCGGCGCCAGCUGGCGCAACCUCAGCGCAAGCAGAGCCAGACACGUGA